UAGCAACUACAUCACCAUAUAAGAAAUAUCUUUUGAGAAAUUUCCACAGAGGAUGCCACCCACUUCGCUGAUGAUCGUGUCUAUCACUUGAGAUGUUAAUUAGUUAAAUAGAAUUUGAACGCAUCAAGAAACCCGUGUCCUCAUUAGAUGAACAUUUAUUAUGACAGAGGUCUAGAAUUUUUUGUUAUUCACACGUCUUCACUUUUUUCGAAAAAUGUCUCUAGAUUUUUCCUCUCCAAACUGGCUUAUUCUAUAUUUCAAUAUCGUCAGUUUUAUCUCAUUUUUCCUAAAUUGCACCACUAUUCUAUUGAUUAUUUUCAAAAGCUAUAAGUUUAACAAUUUCCGGUUUUUUGUGCUAGUUUUUCAGGUAACAUGUACUAUAACGGACUUGCAUAUAAACUUUAUUAUGCAACCCGUGCCCAUGCUGCCAGUUUGGGCAUGUCGAUUUGAGGGAGUUGGAUUGAAAUUUUUGGGCAUUUGGCCGAAUUAUUUGAUGGCCGCCAUGUUUACACUAGUUGGAUUCCAGUUUAACAGUCUCGGCUUAUGUUUUCUGAAAAAACACCAAAUUAUUAAAAACACUUUACGAAGGAAUUCGAUACCAAAUUGGGCCUAUAUAGCUUUUAUAAUUUCAACACUACCUCUCGUGGCUUUGAUAUUUAUCUCAGUUUUACAAAUUGGAGUUUCGAAGGAAAAGUCGAUAGAAUUUUCUAGAACGAAUUACCCCCAAUACGGUGUUCUGUUCUCCAAAAUCUCGAAUCUGAUGUUCUUCGAUUCAAAUCUCUGGGCAGUCGGAGUCCUUUUUAUAUCUGGUUUUGGUGGAUGUUUAUUGGGAGCCAUAGUUUCCAUGACGACGCUUGAUAUGUUCAAAAUGCUCGGCGAGUUGCGACGAAGAGUCUCCUUCAAAAAUUACGCACGCCAUCGGUCAGUGGUGAGAAGCCUAUUGGCUCAAUGUGCAGCUACUGCGAUCCUUUUGCUUCCGGGAGCCGCGAUUUUUGCGAUUUUUCUGUAUCCUGAUGAGAAAUCACGAGAAAUCAGUCAAAUUAUAGUAUGCAUAUACGCGCUCCGUUCGUCUGCAAGUUCUGUAAUUCUAGUAAUAACUACACCACCAUACCGAACAUUUAUCAUAAGAAAAUUCGCAAGUAAACUGGGAGUGAAAGCUUCUCCAGCGAUGGGCUCGACUAGCAUUAUGUGAUUUUGUUCUUCCUUUGAAUAAAUUUGUCCUCAUUU